AUGGAGGGCGGCGGCGGCGGGCGCAGCCCCGGUCCCAGGCCGGCGCUGGCGCUCCGCGGGGCCCUGAUGGCCGCCGGCGGCGGCGGCCGGCUGCUGGCGGCGCGGUACAGGGAGCCCGGUGAUGAUACUCUCUUCGUGUACGAUUGCAUCAAUGCGGAGAAGAAGACCUUAGGCAAUACAGGGCAGGAUGGAAAACCGACAGAUAAAGGAAGUGAUGACAUCCUAGCCUUUGCCUUCUCCCCAUCAGGAGAUUAUUUUGCCUUGACAGAUGACAGCAAACGUCUGGUUCUAUUCCAUACGAAACCUUCCUGGGAAUGUGUUAGCGUCAGGUCUGUGAACAGGAGAUGCACUUCCCUGAUUAUUACAGCUGCAGAGGAUAAGAUUCUGGUUGCAGACAAGUCUGGUGAUGUCUAUUCUUACUCAAUAACAGAACCCCAAGCAGAUGGAAAACUUGAGCUGGGUCACUUGUCUCUGCUAUUGGAUGUUGCACUGAGUCCUGAAGACCGGUAUAUCCUAACUGCAGACAGAGAUGAGAAGAUCAGAGUCAGCUUGGCAAAGGCUCCAUAUAAUAUUGUAUCCUACUGUCUGGGACACAAAGAGUUUGUAAGCAAAAUACUUGUAAUACCCAACUAUCCUGAUCUGCUGUUGUCAGCUUCUGGGGACUCGACUCUGAGACUUUGGGAGUACAAAAGCGGGGAAGAAUUGUACUGCUGUCAUCUAAGUAGCAUCUGUGGGCCUGAGACAACCAAAACUGAUCAGAAGUACCCUGUGUCAAGAAUGACCUACUGCUGUCAAGGUGGUUAUGUUGCCAUUCUAUGUGACUGUAUUCCCACAGUCUACAUCUUUCACCUUGAUGCCAUUGCCCAGCAGCUAGUUUACAGACAGCAGAUCUCUCUGAAACACAAAGUUUGGGACAUUGCAUUUGAGGAAACGGGAGAUCUGUGGAUUUUGCAGGAAGACAGUGAAGCUCCUCUUCAAUUGUGCAGACCAUGUGAUGGACAGUGGAAGCCUGUAACUGAUGACAAAGGAUUACAGAAGAUGUCAAAAUAUCUUCAAGACAACUGGACAGUGUUUGAAGGUUUUAUUGGUGCAGAAAGCCUCUACAGCAGUCUCUACAAGGCUUCAUUUGAUAACAUGGCCGCCUACCUACAGAGGAAAGAGGAAAGGUUACAGCAGCAGAAAAAGAAAAGGCAGGAUCUACAACGUGGUUCGAGUGGACAAACAAAAAAGAUGAAGACUGAAGAAUCAUCGCUAUGACCCUGUUGUUAGCUUGUAUCUUUUGCCUUGCUGAAAGGAACUGAUCUGGACUGUGUUUAAAUGUAAAAUGAAUUAUGGAAGAAGACUGGUUUAAACUUUUAUUCAGAUUCAGGUUUUCAGGUAGCCUGAUAUGACGAUAUCCUGCUUGCAGCAGAUAAUGUAUUUGCAAUAUGCCUAAGCUUCUAGCAGCAUACAGUUGUUAGCGGUUCAGUCCUAGUAAUCUCUAAUGCAGGAUACAUGAAUAUUGGAGAUGGUAUUUUCCUCAAAACAGGAUUUCCUUUUUGCCUACUGUGUUCAGGCUUUCUUCUUCAGGUGGAAGUGCACUGAUUAAAGUUGAGGUGAUUUU